UACACUUUAUCAUUUACUACCUACUAUUUCACCUCUCUUAAAAUUUAAAAAAGAAAAACCCUCAACGCCGCCCAUAAUAUGGAACUACUCACCGGCGGCAACCGGCAAGGGCCGAACGCCUCCGGUUUCCCUCCGCAGAUAUCUCCUUUAUCGGCAACUGAAAACUAUCUUGUUUCUUAUUCGACGUCAGCGUUUCAACCAUCGCCGCCGCAGAAGUUACGUCCUAUUAGAGCAAACGGCAGGUCACCGUCGAGUUCUCAAGGAAAUGAUCUGACGUUGACAGGCGGCGGAGGUCUGGACGGAACUUUGGAUAACUUGGGGCUUUUGGUGGACCAAGUUUGCGGACUUGAUGACGAAGGAAAUGAGUUUUUAAAGCCACUGGUGAAAGUGGAGAACAGUGGGACCCAAUGUACUGAGUCGGGAGGUUCAGGUCGGGUUGGAAGGAACUUGGACCCGAAUUGUGAGGGAGAGUUACUGGAGGUUGAAUCUAGUUCAUUUUCAGGUGAUGAUGAUUCAUCAGCAGGCAUCACUAAAUGCGGGAGUCGGAAGAGAAGGCGAAACACGAGUUUGCACAAACUUGAGAAAUUCUUGGAGAGUUUGGUAAUGAAGGUGCUGGACAAGCAAGAGCGGAUGCAUACGCAGUUAAUAGAGACGAUGGAGAGGAGAGAGAGGGAGAGAAUAAUCAGAGAAGAAGCUUGGAAACAACAGGAGAUAGAAAGGAUGAAAAGGGAUGAAGAGGUAAGAGCUCAAGAGAAUGCUCGAAACCUGGCCCUCAUUUCCUUCAUUCAGGAUGUAAUGGGCCAUAACAUUGAAGUGCCUCAACCUCUAACAAGUAUUGCUCUUCCUGAGAAAGUUACAGAAAGAAAUGGAAGCAAUGUUCCCAUCCAAAAGGAUUUUAACAGUGAUUUGAGUAAUAGAAGAUGGCCAGAAGCUGAGGUACAAGCACUUAUAAUGCUACGAGCUGGCUUGGAACAGAAGUUCCGAGUUAUGGGUGCCAAAUGCUCUAAUGUUUGGGAUGAGAUAUCUGUUGGAAUGUGCAACAUGGGCUAUAACCGAACAGCAAAGAACUGCAAAGAGAAAUGGGAAAACAUCAACAAGUACUUCAGAAAAUCUAUGGGAAGUGGGGGAAAGAAGCGGUAUGAUAAUAGCAAGUCUUGCCCGUAUUUUCAUGAAUUGGAUAUUUUAUACAAAAAUGGGUUUGUUAGUCCAGGAAAUGUCUCUGACCAUACAAACAUUGAAAAUGAGACCAAGAUUAGCUAGAGGAAAAGGCAAAAUAUAACAUUAAAAUGACUGGUUGAAGCCUUUGGUUUUGACACCAGUGACGUUGAAUUGAAGAAAACCCACGUUGUAUUUAUUUGAUUUGAGUUUUACUUUUAUGUGCCUUUGAUCAGUUAAUGUAUCUGUCUGGAUUACAUGUUGGUGGAACUGCUUGAUUCACUGGCUGUUACUUGUUUAUAUGUAUGGGGAAAAGUUUAACAAUCACUUGUCCAACAAUUUGUAUGUCGAGUAGAGAGGUUCAUUUAGGAAAUUGUUCCUUCUUAUGCCAGAUUCUUCAUAUCC